UGUGAUUUUUGGUGUCUAGACCGUGAUUUCAAUGGCCAAAUAAUACAUAAGGACAAGUUACAAGGACGAUGGGUGGCCAAGUAUGUCCAAAAGUCCACGGUGGCUUAAAACAUAGUAUAAAUUAGCCGCUGGUAUUUACAAAUGGACAUAGUUCAUGUAAUAUCCGUCAAGGGCAUAUGAUUUUGAUGUCUAUACCAUGGUUUUAAAAGUCAGAACAUUAGUAACAAGGACAUUCAGUGGUCCAGUAUGUUGAAAAAUCCAAGAUGGCUUCCAAAAAUCGGAGUCUAAAAUUACUGCUGUUACUUUAAAAAAUGGACAUAGUUCAUAAUAAAAUCCGCCAAGGAAAUGUGAUUUUGGUGUCCACACUAUUUCAUGGUUAAAAUAAUACUUUUGGACUGGUUACAUUGAUAUGCAGUUGUCCAAUUUUCCUAAAAAUCAAAUAGGGGUUUCAAAAAAGGCAUCUAAAACGACUCAUAUCACUCAAUAAUGAUCAGAGUUCUACAAUAUCUAUCUGUAAGAAAUAAUUUUGGUGUCUAAAUUGUGGAAAUGAAGGGUCAAAUAAUAUAUUCGGACAAGUAAAAAGGAUGGUUAGUAUUACAUUUUGUCAAAAAAAUCCAUGGUGGAUUCUAAAAUUUCAUCAAAAUGGGUUUCGUUACCAACUCAUGAAACAAUAUGAUAACUUAUCCCCAUGCAUUUAAGUGUAGGCACUAAGAUUAUUUUCUCACAGGUGGAUAUUGUUUGAACUAUGUCAAUUUUUAAGUGACAGCAGUCACUUUGGAACCCAUUUUUUUAAGCCAACCUGGAUUUUAAGGCAAAUGGAUAGCUGCAUAUCAUGGUAACCAGUCCCAAAGUAUUGUUUGACCCUUGAAACCCUAGUGUAGACACCAAAAUAAUAUCCCCAAGUAAUAACAGUCAUUUAAAAUCCUAAUUUUUAAAGCCAUCUUAGAUUUUUGGACAUAGCUAACACCUGACUGUCCUUUCAACUUAACCCAAUGUAUUACUUGACCCUUUAAAAUCUAGUUUAUACACCAAACCUCCAAGGUGAAUUUCUAAUAAACUAUGUAUACUUUUAAGUAACAACAGUCAAUUUACACCCCAUUAUUUUAAAGUCACCUUGGAUUUUUUAACAUACAGACACCUGACUGUCCUUUCAACUUAACCCAAUGUAUUACUUGACCCUUUAAAAUCUAGUUUAUACACCAAACCUCCAAGGUGAAUUUCUAAUAAACUAUGUAUACUUUUAAGUAACAACUUUUAAGUAACAACAGUCAAUUUACACCCCAUUAUUUUAAAGUCACCUUGGAUUUUUUAACAUACAGACAACUGACUGGUCUUGUAACUUAACCCAAUGUAUUACUUGACCCUUUAAAAUCUAGUUUAUACACCAAACCUCCAAGGUGAAUUUCUAAUAAACUAUGUAUACUUUUAAGUAACAACAGUCAAUUUACACCCCAUUAUUUUAAAGUCACCUUGGAUUUUUUAACAUACAGACAACUGACUGGUCUUGUAACUUACCCUUGUCUAUUACUUGACCCUUUAAACCAUGGCUUAGACACCAAACUCAUAUUCAUCAGACAGAUAUUGAACAAACUAUGUCCUUAUUAUGUAACAUCGGACAUUUUUUAUUCCUUUUUUGGAAGCCAUCUUGGAAAUUUUGAGAUACUAGAACACUGACUGUCAUUGUAACUUGUCCUUAUAUAUCAUUUGACCCUUGAAACCAUAUUUUAGACACCGAAAUCAUGUCUCACAGGCGGAUAUAAAAUGAGCUAUGCCACUUUUAAGUAUCAGCAGCCAUUUUAGAAUCAAUUUUUGGAAGCCAUAUUGGAUUUUUGGUCAUAACAGACCACUGACUGUCCUUAAAACUUGUCCUAAUGUAUGAUUUUGACCCUUAAAUUCAGUGGUUUAGACACCCAAAUCGCAUCCACCAGGCCGAUAUGAAAUAAACUGUGUCCUCUUUAAGUUACAGCAGUCAAUUUAGAAUCAUUUCUGGAAGCCAACAUAGAUUUUUUUUAAAUACCAGGCCACUGACUGUCCUUGUAACUUGCCCUAAUGUAUUAAUUGACCCUUGAAACCAGUGGUUUAGACACUAAAAUCACAUCUCCCAGGCCGAUAUGAAAUGAGUUAUGUCCGCUUUAAGUAUCAGAAGCCUAUUUUGAAGAUCCAUUUUUGGAAGCCAUCUUCGAUUUUUGGACCUACCAGACCACUGAAUGUCCCUGUGACUUAUCCUAGUAUUUUAUUUGACCAUUGCACCCAGUGGUUUAGACAUCAAAGUCACAUCUCCCAGGCCAAAAUGAAAUGAGCUAUGUCCACAUUAAGUAUUAGCAGCCAUUUCAGAAUCAAUGUUUGGAAUCCAACUAUGUCGGGUUUUUUUAAAGUAGCAACAACAAUGUUAGACUCCAUUUUUGGAAUCCAUCUUGGAUUUUUGAACAUACUGGACCACUGACUGUCCUUGUCACUUGUCCCAAUGUCUUAUUUGACCAUUGAAAACAUUGUCUAGACACCAAAACACCAAAAUCAUUAUGUCCCAGGGGGAUAUAAAAUGAACUAUGUCCAUUCUAAUUAUCAACAGCCAUUUUAAACUCCAUUUUUGGAAACCAUCUUGGAUUUUUUGACACACCAGACCACUGGCUGUCCUUGUAACUUGUUCCAAUCUACUACUUCACCCUUAAAACCAUUGAAUAAAAACCAAAGUAAAGCCACUUAGAUGAAUUGUGAAUUUUCAGCCUACGGCAGCCAUUUUGGGCGCCAUCUUGGAUUUGCCAGGUACACUGGAGGGCUUAUAAUUCACUCUAGCCUUUAUCAACAAUUUUUUUGCCCCCUAGACCAUGGAAUAUGAAUCGAAAUAGGAUUCUAGGGUGGAUAAUGAUUCAAUUGUAUCCAUUUUCAGUGAAAAGCCGAUGAAAAAUCAUUUGUUGCAAUUUUUCCGGGUGAGGGUAUUUUUGGUCGUUUCGUGACCCGUCUACUACCAAAUUUCUAUCUAGUUUUUUAAAGAUUUUCAGUAUUGACCAAUUUUUUCGAGAAGGGGUGGGGGCCUUAUAUUUUUACAAUCGGGCAUAUUGGUGCUUUCUCCCUUACAAAUAUCAACUGUGAUUCUGAUAUCAUUGCAACACCAUUCUUUCUAUUCAAGAGGGAAAUACGUAUCUUCACAAAUUACAGAUAUAAAAACCAUGCUAGUGUUCAUAACCCGGUUGGGAGUCAUUACUAUUCAUACUGUUUUACGUCACGAUUUUUCAGAAUUUAAGAGAAAUUCGAUCUUAAAACUGCACACAUUGUGUAUUACAUGAUAAUAAUUUUAACUCCAAAAUCGAUAGGUUGAAUUCAACACCUUUGCCAUCUGUUAUUUUCAAGAAGUCAUUGGGGUGGACAUUCAACGUUAAAUGGUGAUUGUUCGUCACUUAAUAAAUAUAAAUAUUGAAUGUAAGAUAAAAAAUUGUGGCGCUAGUCGAAUCGUUAGACAUAGCGAUGACACAAUCGCAACUGUGUAAUACAUCGUUGUUGCUUAGUUCUCGAGUAGAGUACCAUUUUGCUCAAAAGGGAUUUUCCAUGUAGCAUAAUUCAUUCGGAUACCAACAAAAUGGAGUUUCGCCGGUGUGUUCAGGUAUAUUCAAUGUUGUUUGUUCUAAUCUUUACACUAAGCCAAAUGAUUGUUCUCUGCACAUUGUUCAAUAAACACGAUAAUUUGAGCAUCAUUAAGCACCGUCAUCAGAAAUCAGUCGGCACAUACACACCCAGGCUUUUAAAUGCAUCAUUUAUCAGGAACAUGGGCUCAGAAAAACAAGAGACAGUGGAGGCACAUACAACAUUUACAAGCAAUCGGUCAUCGUCUGCUGUAUUUGAAAGAGAAAAAACUCAGGAAUAUCCUGAUAACCCAUUUAGUGAGGACCUGUUUAUAACAGCACACAGCUUUAGUAAUAAGAUGGAGUGUAGUUGCAACGGUGUCCACAAUAUGCAUUCUCUUGACGAGACCGUUGUGCUAAAGAAUACCACUUUUUAUUUUCCUUGGUUUGUGUUUGGAAACUUCCCACCGAUAACAUCUCCCAAACUCACUAUCAUUCUGGCCCAGUGGCGGUUUGGUUCAAGUAUAGUCGGUGAGCUCUUCAAUCAGAAUGUGGAUGCAUUCUAUUUAUUUGAACCAAUGUGGACUCUCAAUAGAUUAAAGGCCAUAUGGAGGCAGCCUGCAUCGCCAACCACGAGGGAAGUCUCCCGUCAGAUCCUUCGCGAAUUAGCACAUUGUAGGUUCAACGAUGACUUUGUCUGGACGUACAGCCAAUGGCAUCCUUUUCAGAAUAGAGCCAUAUGUAAUCUUAGUCCAGGGUGUCUGUUAUCCGGUGAACAGUGGUUUGAAAACUUCUGCAAGACUUCCAGAGAACACAUAGCAACAAAAAUCAUUCGUGUUGAUCUCGAGGAUUUAAGACCUCUCGUUGAAAUGGACAACAUUGACCUGAGGAUCGUCCAUCUCGUGCGGGAUCCUCGAGGCGCAGCUGCAUCUAGGGUUCAUUACAUCACCAAGAGGUACCAACCACAUCAGCAAUAUUUCAGAGAAAAUACUGGGAGACUGAAACCGCUUGGUCUCCUGGACACAGUCCCCGAUGAGCUCAUGUACAUUCAGGAGAUGAGAGAAAACAACCCCACUGUUCGUCAAAUGUGCAAAUGGAUUGAAAGAAAUGCAAAGACCUCGAGAAAUCAUUUGCCAAAAUGGUUGCAAGGAAACUACAAACUCGUCAAAUAUGAAGACUUUGCAGUGGAACCUGUCAAGAUCUCAAAAGAGAUCUAUGAGUUUAUCGGUUUACCGUUUCCGAAAUAUCUUGAAUAUUGGAUCAAGACGAACACCAAUGCCAUUAAUAGGGAUGAUGAUGUCUUUUCAAAUCGAAAAAAUUCCAUCGAAACAGCUUCGCGUUGGAUUGUUGAUCUUUCUGAAUUAGAAAUAAGGCAAAUUGAAAAAGAGUGCAAAGAUGUCCUUGAACUUCUUGACUAUAAGUUAUAUGAUGAACUUAAAUCCGCGGCAUAAUGUAGCUUGUAAGCUAUUCAUUUGAUUCACUGAGGUUCUCAGGGGCGGCGAUCCUGGGGGGGGGGGGCACAGUGCCCCCCCCAAAAAAAAAUGUUGAAGCACUGAAGAAGUGCCCUUUUUUCACGCAAAGCCAAUUUUUACCAAAAAAUACCCCUUCACGAAUGUGUUCUGUGCCCCUUUUACCUGAGAAGGACCGGUUUAUGUGAGGAAGUGCCCCCUUGCCUUCUUGUAAGUGCACUUUCUCGAAUCAGUGCCCUUUUUUACCCAAGAAAAUUGCCCUUCACGAACGUAAUUUCUUCCCCUUUCACCCGAGAAGGACCCGUUUUAUGCCGUUUGCAAGUGCCCAUUUGCCUUCUUAUGGGUGCCCUUUCUCAUAUUUUCACCUGAGAAGGACCCAUUUUAUGUGUAAACGGGUGCCCCUUUGAAACAAGAAAACAAUGUUCUAAUUUUUAUAUGUUACUUAUGAAGUAAGAAACUUGUAAGGAAAACCCUACGUGCCUUAUUUAAGUGUCACGAGUCAUGUGAGUGGGGUAGAUUAGCAGUGGCGUACAUAGGGGGGGGGGGGGCUGGGGAGGCUCUUGCCCCCUCCCCAAUUUUUUUUUUCGACUAAGAAAAAAAAAGAGAAAAGGAAAGAGAGAAGGGUGAAAUAUAUUAUUUUCUGAAUGUUAAUUGUCAAAAUCUAUCACAAUAUUGGAGUUUCGUAAUAAAAAUGUCAAAAUUUUAGCUCGCAACUUAUAAAUUUACGUGAUACGACAUAUCUAGCCCCCUCAAAAUUGUUGGCUCAUUACGCCACUGUAGGUAAGUAAUUUUUUUCUUUGUUUUAAGUGUCCUUUUAGAAGGAAAAGGUGCCCCUUUUCCCCUGCAUGUGCCCACCCCCACCACUUUCAACUUCGCUCCGCCGCCCCUGGAGGUUCUUGCUCGGGUGAAGUUUGGGUGAUCGUUUGCUUCCCCUCACAGCUUGCCUAAAUGAUAAGAUCAGAUAAAAGAUGGAAUAGUGUUAUCACAGUAAAUAAAUUUAAUCUUUCAGUAUUUGUUUUCGACCCCAGUUGUUUUGAAUAAGAAGCAUUUUUGUCUUAAAUUCACAUUUAUUCUUAAUGUACAUGAUCUCCUUAUUCGAAGCUCUUCAACGUCAUCGAUAACAAACACGAAUCAAUGAAUCUAUAGUGUAUUUACAAAUGAAGUUUCUUUCUACGAUUGGAUAAUCAGGUUAUACAUGUAUACAUGCACUUUGAUAUUGUUUAAUAUCGUAUUUUCAAAAAUUAAAAAGAAAUUGAUCCGAACACUGCACAUAUCUUGUUACUACAUGAAGUUAAUACCUUAACCUUACAAUGGGUAAAUACAAAUUCUUUGAAAUUGAAACCUCUACCAUCAAUUCUUGCAAAGUUCUGUUUGUGCACCUGUACAAACUCCAACUCCCAUUCUAAAGGCAGGUGGUGAUUUAACCCCGGUCAAAAUCGCAAUUACUAUACUUAGUAAGAUACCCUUACCACCAGCGGUUCCUCUUUCUUCCAAACCUAUAAUCCUAAGUAUUGUACUCGUAACAGUAAUGAUAUAUGAUUUAUUUCUUGUAAACAGUAAGUGCAAUAAUUGAUUACGCAAAGCUUACAUCAUCUCGUUAUUCUUUACCAUUUUCCAUGAGAAAACUAAAUUUCUUUGCUACCGAUGUAAAUAAAAAAUAAACUUUGAAUAUUUGUCUUGAUUGCACUUUCAUGUCAGAUGGGGAUUUAUGUUUUAUGUAAAUAUAUGUUUAUGAAUGCAUGUUAAAACAUUUGUUUGGUGACAUCUUAGCUGAAGACGUGUCGGUCUUCAGCUGUUCUUAUUUAUAUUCUGUAUAUCUUUAUUUGUAAGUAAAUUUUCACUCUAUCAAACACAUCAUAGAAGAGUAUAUAUAUAUACUUUGUUUUUAGACGUCUUAUAGAAAUGAUCAUCGAACUGUACUCACCAAAAAAUUGAUGAUAGUGUAGCCUUAUAACAAAAUGUUGUCUUUGACAGAUUCCACUUUCAGCUUAUGUGUCUGUUCAUUGGGUGCAUUAUAUGUUUGGGACCAAUUUGUAAGCUGUAAGUUACAAAUGCCAUUAGGUUUUCAAAUAGUUCUUUUAUUUUCUAAUCGUCUAUGAUAUUGUUAUCAAACCUGAAGUUGAUAUAUAGCCCUGCGAAGUCGUUUAAACAUGUCAUGUAUUGAGAAUAACGUGCCUUGCCUUCUAUAUAUUUCCAGUUUGUAUUAAUUAAAUUAAUAUGAUGCGUACAUGCUAAGCUAUAAAGUCGAGAAAAUGAC